CUCGACUUGACGCGUCCGACGGCGAACCGCUGCCAUCUUGCUCGUGUCGCUGAAGUUGUGCGGUUGUGCUUCUGGAACAAGAUCGCACGGCCACUCACAUUUUUUUGUGAAUAAAAAAUACCAACAAAAAUCUACAAAAAAAUCAUAAAAAAUACAAAAACCACCCCCAAAAAAAUCGCAAAAUCGUGAAAAACAGGCAAACAGCCAACAACAACAACCGCUCUACAUUAUCUAUCCCUCGUUGCGAGAAAAGGCAAACGCGUAUCGUAAUUUUCUUUUCCCCCCCCAUUUCACAAAGAGCAGAGUUGUGCGUGCGUGUGUGUCCGUUAGCGGAAAGUCGUGCGUGAAAAUCUUCCCGGAAAGAAAAUCGUCGACGUCAGCCUACUGUGCGUGGCAGAUAUUUGGUGUGUGCGUGUGUCGGUGGUAAAAGGAUCCUUCGCCAAAAUCUUUCACUUCACCAGUGGUGUGGUGUGUGUUACGGUGGUUGACUCAGCAGCAGCAGAGUGAACCCCACUUUUCGGAAGCAACUUUCCUCGCGUCCAUUGCUCUUUCGCACCCCCGCCGUCUGCGGCUACGUGUCAGUGAGUGAGAGUGCGAGCGUGAUUCGUGACCGGAAUCCACCGUUUCCCGUGCGCUGCAUCAAACCCCGUUCCCAGUGAAAGUACCUUACGCGCUUCACCCCCGGAAAGAGUUUCGACAGAGCAACCAAAAUGAAUCCCGGAGCACCGAACUACCAGAUGGCCUCGCUGUACGUCGGCGACCUGCACUCGGACAUUACGGAGGCGACGCUGUUCGAGAAGUUCUCAUCGGCCGGUCCGGUACUGUCCAUCCGCGUAUGCCGUGAUCUGAUCACACGUCGUUCGCUGGGCUACGCGUACGUCAACUUUCAGCAGCCAGCCGAUGCUGAACGCGCAUUGGAUACCAUGAACUUCGAUUCGCUCAAGGGCCGCCCGAUCCGUAUCAUGUGGUCGCAGCGCGACCCUUCGCUGCGCAAAUCCGGCGUCGGCAACGUGUUCAUCAAGAAUCUGGACAAAAAAAUCGACAACAAGGCAAUGUACGAUACGUUCUCGGCAUUCGGUAACAUCCUUAGCUGCAAGAUAGCGCAGGACGAGAAGGGCCAAAGCAAGGGUUACGGGUUCGUGCACUUUGAGACGGAGGAAUCAGCCAACAGCUCGAUCGACCGCGUCAACGGUAUGCUGCUGAACGAGAAGAAGGUGUUCGUUGGCCGCUUCAUCUCGCGCAAGGAGCGCGAGAAGGAGCUCGGCGAGAAGGCGAAGCUGUUCACGAACGUGUACGUAAAGAACUUUGGCGAAGAUAUGACCGAGGAAGCGUUGCGCGAGAUGUUCGAGAAGUACGGUCCGAUUACGAGCCACCGCGUGAUGAUGAAGGAUGGCAAGAGCCGCGGGUUUGGCUUUGUCGCGUACGAGAGCCCGGAAGCGGCUGAGCGUGCGGUGCAGGAGCUGAACAACAAGGAGCUGCCCGACGGCAAGAUGCUGUACGUGGGUCGCGCGCAGAAGAAGAACGAGCGCCAGAUGGAGCUGAAGCGCCGGUUCGAGCAACUGAAGAUGGAACGGCUGACACGCUACCAUGGGGUGAAUCUGUACGUGAAGAACCUGGACGAUACGAUCGACGACGAGCGUCUGCGCAAGGAGUUCACGCCGUACGGUACCAUCACCUCGGCCAAGGUUAUGUUGGACGAGGGCCGCUCGAAGGGCUUCGGGUUCGUGUGCUUCUCGGCACCGGACGAAGCGACCAAGGCGGUGACGGAGAUGAACGGACGCAUCGUUGGCUCGAAGCCACUGUACGUGGCCCUUGCCCAGCGCAAGGAGGAGCGCAAAUCGCACCUAGCCAGCCAGUACAUCCAGCGCGUCAACAAUCUGCGCAUGCAGCAAAUCGGGCAGGUGUACCAGCAGAGCGGCAGCUACUUCAUGCCCACCCUCGCUCAACCGCAACGCUUCUUCGGACCGCAGGUUGCACCGGUGCGCACCGCUCCACGCUGGUCCGCCAGCGCGCAGAUUCGCCCGAACGCGGGCAACCAGAAUGUGGCCGCCAAUGCACCGGCCGGCGGCUAUCCGGCAAUUGCUGCGGCGCACGUCGCCAACAACCAGUACCGCCAGGCGGGCAACGUGCGCGGCGCCAACCAGCAGGCACCGAACGCACAAUCGGCCCAAGCCUCGUCCGCUGCCAUGCGUAACGCGGCGCGCCCGAUCACUGGCCAGCAGACGGCGGCUAACAUGCAGACGCGUCCGGUUGCGCCACAGCUCGCCGCCGGACAGACGCGUGCCCAGAACUACAAGUUCACGCAGGCCAUGCGCAACCCGCAGAUUCCGCAGCCGGUCCCGAUCCAGGCUCAACCCGUCGCCCAGCAAGCCGUCAUCGUUAAAGGCCAAGAACCGCUCACGGCUUCCAUGCUGGCAGCUGCCCAGCCGGCCGAACAGAAGCAGAUGCUCGGCGAACGGCUGUUCCCGCUGAUCGAGCAGAUGUAUCCGAAUCUUGCCGGCAAGAUUACCGGCAUGUUGCUCGAAAUCGACAACUCCGAGCUGCUGCACAUGCUGGAGCACAAGGAAUCGCUCACGGCAAAGACUGAGGAGGCUGUCGCUGUGCUGCAGGCGCAUCACAAGACUUCGGCCCAGCCCAACUAAAGCGCUGCCGAAGCACCAGUGGAAGACGGGGAAAUGGGUCACGGGCGUAAGACUGCCCGCCCCGUUUUGUUAGGCCGGCGCGUGUCCAUCGCGCGCACCAGCAGUUGUAGUAUGGCAGAGGAAAUUCUAACCGAGAUUUGUGUCUCUGGUGUGCCCUGUGCAAGGUGGUGGAUGUUGUUUUCGUGGGGGGGUUAAAUUAAAUUAAACGAUCUCCUUCUCACAAUAUUCCCAUUUUGCAGGCGGUGUGUUUCUUCUCGUAGGAGGGGAGGGUCUUCAGCAGAGGGCGGGUGUGUGUUUGCGGGAGGUACGCGUCCGGCAGCGAAUGGGGUGUAACGUUUUCGUCCAAGUAUUCUGCACCCAUUCGGCGGGCGGUCGGAUUUUUUUUUUUGAUUCAUUAUUCAUACUAUAAUAUUGAAUAUGUCAUUUACUCGCGUAAAAACCAGCGCUAAACGAUUUCUCUGCAACCCAAACGGCCCAGCCCAGCUUUUUUGUGUGCGCACGCUACAAAAUUUCUUAUUACGAUAAUAAUACCCCCUUAUCAAGUAUAUAUUACACAAAAAAUAUAUGUAUCAAAAAAUAUAUAUUCAAAACAAAAAUGCAACAAAAAAAAAGGAAAAACCAAAAUAUGAAAAUGGUAACUUAAAAAACACAGCAAAAUGAACGAGUGAAACCAUCCUUGCCCCGCCGCGCCGCGACUUGGAAGGAGCAGGUUAGGCGCGCGCGGUGGUCGGAUAAGUAAAAGCGACAAACAGAGCAAAAGAAAAGAGAAAAAAAAGUACAGAAAAUUCACUAAAAAAACAGUAAACAACAGAAAAUGAAAAACGCAAAAAGGUGCGGAGAGCAGUAAUAUGUUUUGUUUUGUUAGAGAGAGAAGGAGUGGAGUACCUUCAAAGUCGGUGGUGAACCUGUAACGAAGAAGCAGCACGUGCGGUGAAGGUGUAGUGGAAGCAUGUAAUGGAAUGGACAGACGAAGGAAUAGAAAAGAUCGGACCCAUAUUAGAUCUUUCGACUGUCCUGGCGUCUUGCAAAGCGAUUCCGAAUUUAAAGAAACCGAGAGCGUUUGGCGGCAAUAGAAGGGGAGAAGGACGCGAAAUAGAGAGAAACCACCAUCUCUAGGAAGGCAAUAAAAAACAGGAAAAAGAGAGGAAAAAAAAUGUGAGCCACUCAACAAAACCUUUGAAAAUUGGAAAUGUUCUAAGAAAAAGAAAAAAGAAACAAAAAGAGCCGUCAGAGAAUUGUAAUGGGAGCAAGAACAACCGAUGCGACAGUCUACAGAGAAAAACGGAAAAAAAUAUCGUAAAACACACGAAAUAAAAUGCAAAAAAUUGAAAAAUAUACCAGAAACAAAUGGAAAACUCAACAAAAAAGAGAAAAAAAAAACUUUCGUGAGCAGCAGAAGAUGAGGGAGAGAUGAUGAGAUGGUGUAGAGUCAAUCAAAGCACGAGAAUGAAAAAAUAACAACAGAACAAAAAAAAAACUGAAAAAACUUGCAACUAACGAAAAUUCUACAAAACAAAAAGGAGAACAAGGAGAGAGAGAGAGAGAGAGGAAGAGGGUUAAAAAGGGAAGAGAGCGAGUUAGAGGUGGUUGUGCCGCGCGCGCGGAUCUUUGGAAGUGUUUGUGUUAUCUUUUUUGGUUUAGCAUAUUAUUUUCGCUGUUGUGAACUGCACACAGAGAGCGCUAUCUCCCUCGGAAGUAGUCAGCAGAAAAGACACACACACACACACACGCUGACUAGUUUUGUUUUUCUUCUCGUCCUUGUAGGAAGAGCUCAUGUGUGUCAGCUCUCCCGAGCGAAAUCGUCACGUGCUGCACAGUUGGCUUCGGCGCAACUUUCCGCGGUAAAAUAGACUUUUGUUUGCUUAAAAAAAAAACCACCACAGAGAGAGAGAGAGAGAGCAAAUGAAAAAAACACCCGAGAAAAGCGGGGAAAAUUUACACGUUAGUUUCAUUUUUCAAUAGAGCACGCAAAGCUCUCAGAAGAUCGAAAUCACCCCCCCUAAAUCGUAGAAGUCGCGGCAAACAUUUUCUUUUUUUUUUACGUUUCCUUCCCAAGAGAAUGAUCAACAGCAUCGAUCACUUGGUGUUGGGCAAAAUAGCAAAUAGGUUGUGGGGGUCCUGGUAAGCUAUUCAGCAAGCUUUUAGAUCUUUGCUACGCAGUUCGCGAGUGAUUUGUACAAAAAGUACAACACACACACACACACACACACAGAGUUCAAAAACCAAAACAUUUAAACCAAAUUUGCGCGAUUACGAAGAACCUCCGCUCCGAACCGGGGAUCUAACGAAAGCCACCAACUACACACAACCCCCCAGUAAAAUAUCGUUUUUUUUCCCCAGAGUUGGGUUACAACGCAUGUGUGUGUGUGUGUUUCAGUUUCAUAUUCAAAGUACUCCGGGCGUUCUAAAUUACACGAGGAAAACGUUUUUUUUCUUUCUAAAACCAACCAACCAACCAAACCCAAUACAACACAUGUUUCUAUUUCAAUAAAGCGAUAAGAUCCGGA